AUCUGGUCAAUGGGAAACAAAAAUAAUGUGACAGAAUUCAUUCUUUUGGGUCUCACAGAAAAUGCCAAGCUGCGGAAAUUAUUAUCGGCUGUGUUUCUAAUAUUGUAUGUGGCCACCGUGUUGGGGAACCUACUCAUUGUGGUCACUAUGACUGCAACUCAGAGCCUGAGGUCACCUAUGUACUUUUUCCUUACUUCCUUGUCCCUCAUGGAUGUCACCUAUUCUUCUGUCAUUGCCCCCAAGAUGAUUGUGGACUCCCUCUCUGAGAGCACCACCAUCUCCCUGGCAGGCUGCAUGACCCAGCUCUUUGCAGAACAUUUCUUUGGUGGGGUGUCCAUCAUCCUUCUCAUUGUGAUGGCCUAUGACCGCUAUGUGGCCAUCUGUAAGCCCUUGCGCUACAUGACCAUCAUGAGUCCUCGAGUGUGCUGCCUUCUGAUAGGAGGAGCCUGUGUAGGAGGAUUUUCACAUGCAAUGAUACAGCUCCUCUUUAUGUACCAAAUACCUUUCUGUGGUCCUAAUGUCAUCGAUCAUUUUAUCUGUGAUUUGUUUCAAUUGCUGACACUCGCCUGCAUGGACACCCAUGUCCUGGGCCUCUUGGUCAUCCUUAACAGUGGGGUGAUGUGUGUUGCCAUCUUCCUUAUACUCAUUGUCUCCUACAUGGUGAUCCUCUGCUCUUUGAAGUCUUGUAGCUCUGAAGGACGGCACAAAGCCCUCUCUACCUGUGGCUCCCAUCUCAUGGUGAUCGUCUUGUUCUUUGUGCCUUGUGUUUUCUUGUAUGUAAGACCUGUGGCCACUUACCCAAUAGACAAGGCAAUGGCUGUGUCAGAUUCCAUCAUCACACCCAUGUUAAAUCCUUUGAUCUAUACCCUGAGGAAUUCAGAAGUGAAAAAUGCCAUGAAGAAACUUUGGAUUAAACGAGAGACUUCGGGUGGCAAGUACCUGUUAUCAUGCUGA